AUCACCACAGGCAAAAUCAGAAACUGAACACUAAGCUGACAAAACCUGCAGUAGCUUCCGAACAUGCAGAGAAUGGACGCUGGGAUGGACCUGCUCCACAGCUCCGGGGUAGAGCUGGUGCAGUAUCUACAGAUGAAUUACAGGGACUCCCAGAGCUGGUUCACCUUUAUCUCUUUCGCCGCUGACCUGAGAAACACUUUCUUUGUUUUCUUUCCCAUCUGGUUCCAUCUGUGUGAAGCCGUGGGUGUCAAACUCAUCUGGGUGGCCGUCAUUGGAGACUGGCUCAACCUCAUCUUCAAAUGGUUCUUAUUUGGGCAAAGACCUUACUGGUGGGUCCAUGAGACCCAGUUUUAUGCUAAUUCUUCCCUUCCCGUGGUGCAGCAAUUUCCGAUCACAUGUGAAACAGGACCAGGAAGUCCAUCUGGUCAUGCAAUGGGUUCAGCCGGAGUCUGGCAUGUGAUGGUCACAGCCUUACUGACCUUUGGAUUACAAAAGAAGCAGCCCAUCUUCCAAAAAUGGUGUCUCCAUGUGCUGCUAUGGACAGUGUUCUGGGUGAUUCAGAUCUGUGUCUGUGCAUCGAGAGUGUUUCUGGCCGCUCACUUUCCACACCAGGUCUUCUUUGGAGUUAUUUCAGGAUUGAUUGUGGCUGAAGCGUUUGGUCGGAUUGAUACAAUCUACAAUGUGAAGUUUACGCAGUACCUGAAGAUCACUCUGUCCUUGUUCUCCUUCGCUCUGGGCUUCUAUCUGGUGCUGAGAGUGCUGGGAGUGGACUUGCUGUGGUCAGUGGAGAAAGCCCAGAGAUGGUGCGCCCGAGCAGAAUGGGUCCACAUCGACAGCACUCCCUUCGCUGGUCUGGUCAGGAACAUGGGGGCCUUGUUCGGAUUGGGAUUAGCUCUCAACUCCCCCAUUUAUGCUGAGAGCUGCAAAGGGAAGAGGAGCCAGCAGUUCAGCUUCAGACUAAGUUGUAUAGUGGCUUCAUUACUCAUCCUGCAUCUGUUUGACUCAGUGAAGCCCCCGACUCAGACAGAAUUCCUGUUUUACUUUCUGUCUUUCUGUAAGAGUGCUGCUGUACCUCUGGCUGCUGUGGUAUUUGUUCCAUACUGUGUGUCACAAAUUGUAAACCGAGAGGAGAAGGAAAAGCUUCUAUAGAUUUCUGAAGUCACAAAACUUGGAAACAUGUUCACAGCACUGAUGUGUGCUUUUAUAAACAGAGAGAAAAUACUAGAAUUGCACUGCAUCUGAAAUGAGAAAAAAUGCUGAAGGAGGCAAUGGGCAGAGGAAUUGUGAAAAACAGACAAAGAAGUCAGUGUUUCAGUGUGGUGGCAUGUUGAUCCACCCAAUCUCUUUCCAGAUGCUACUAAAUCAUCAGUUUUCCUGUUUACUUUCCCCUGUUUCAUUUUUUAAAAACUCCAAAUUUUUGGGGACAUUUGUACUUUUUUAGUUUCUGGAUGUUAUUUUGAUUUGCAUGUCAUGUGAAAGGAAAACAGUUGUGUUCAGAGGAAUCAAUUGAUGGAUUUCUGAAUGCACAAUUAGUUAAUCACUUUUUUCUUAAUAUAGAGAAGUAAACUGUGUGAGCAAAUUUUCAUAGGGUCGAUAGCUUUAGUUGUCCUAGGUCUAAGUAUGAGCCAGUUGUAUCCUUCUGUCAUGAGUAUACAGCAAUUUGACUUAGUGAGGGUGCAGGGUUAAAAAUGGUGCUUUCACUAAAGGUAUAGUGAAUCAAAUGCACAUUUCAUACAAUUGCCUGAUUCGUUGAGGGAAUAUGGCACUGUACCUGCCUUGGUUUAGGGCUGGGCACAGCUUAAUGGCUUGCAUCUAUAGGAGGAAAUGAAGAUGGAGCGUCUGCUGUCUUCUCAGCAUAAUCUGCAGAUGUAGAUCAACCUGGAGGUUAUCAGGCCAGAAAAGAAUGAUAAACGGGAAAUCAAUCGAACGAUCAGAGCAUUCUAACAAUUAUCAACAUUCAGGGUUGGGAACAGGCUUUCGGCUGGGUACCAUCUGUUAAAACGUUUUCUGUUAACUCCAUGUAUGUUCAGACUUUUGGAAUAUAAUUCUUUCAAGAGAUGUGGGUAGUGUAAGCUAGAGGUUUUGUUUAUCGCCCAUCCCUAACCGCCUGGAAAAGGUGGUGUACCGCCUUCUUGAACCACAGCAGUCCAUCUGGUGGAAGUAAACAAUGAUGUUAGGAAGGGAUGUCUAGUUCUUUGAUCCAGCCAUAGUGAAGAAGUGCAAUACUGUGGCUUGAAGGAGGUGUUCCCAAUCAUUUGCUGCCCUUGUUUUCUAGAUGAUAGAGGCUGUGGGUCUGGAAAGCGCUUUUGAAAAUGAUACAAUGAGUGGCUGCUGUGCCUCUUGUAAUGAUACUCACAGAAUGAUUAUAAACACAGAGGAGGCCAUUUGGCUCAUCAGAUCUGCAUCAUCUGGCACUAUGCAUUGGUGAUGGAAGGGAUGACUUUUCAUGAUAGUGGAUAGGAUGCCUAUUAAGCAAGCCACUUUAUCCUUUAUGUGUGUCUAUAUUCCACUGUAAUUUCAUUCUGACUGCUGAAGUCCAUUGUCUGGCCUUUGUGCCUAGCUGGGAAAGACAUUGAAAUGCUACACAUUUCAUUGUAGCUGCUUCAAUACUGUUUCAUGUCUGAAUGCUGUUCCACUAGGUAAUGACAAUGUUGAUCGAUGUUGUUAUCCACCACACAAUGUUCCAUUACACAGUCAGGCCAGUGGCCAGUUCUGCACCCAAGAAAAAAACAGCAACAGCUGAGACUCAAAAUGAAUUGUUCUAUUUUUUCUUUUUGUAUAUAUGGUCCUCAAAACACUUCAGGCUGUUUAGUUGUAAUAGUAAUUUCAAAUGGUGUGGAAUCAUUUGAUUCUAAUAAAGUUACAUGAUGUAAUUUCCAUUCAAA